AUGUCUACUCCCAACAAUAAGAAACCUCCCGGCGCAGGGCGCGGCACUCCAUCCACCGCAGCCACCACCGCACCUCCCUCGCGCAGCCCGUCCAGAAUGACCGCAUCAUCCCAGCCGGCCUCAGCAACGGCCUCCACAACGUCUAACGGCAUCAAUUGCACUCGAUCUGUUCGCAACGGUGCUCCUGUCUCCGCUCGUGCUGCUGCCGCUGCCAGAAAACAAACUCCUGAUCCAGCCGAAGAAGACGCCAAAGCCGAGAUGAAAGCGAAGAUGGAAGAAUUACAGCAGAAACUACAGCAGGCCGAAGCCGCUUAUGAAGAGUCUCAGAAACAUUCAGCAGUGCUGCAGGUGAAGUUGGACGAGGCGGUCAAGGAGCAGGGCCUCCUGGAAGAAAGAGUGCACGAGCAUACUGAACACAUUGAAGACCUUGAGAAUGACAAAAAGGAAAGCUUGAGAGCUCGUCGCGAGAUGGAGCAGAUCUACGAGUCAGAAAGAGCUGCGGCGUUGAAGGAGAAGGAGGAAGUGGCCACCCGUGAGGAAGAGAUGCAGCAGGCUCUGCAGCGCAUGAAGGAGACACUGGGCCAACGAGAGAUGCGCGCUGGUCUUGAAGACGAACGGCGUCCCAUCAUAUCGCGACAAUCCAGCCAUGGCCGUAGCAGUAAUCCAUCACCAAACCCAGAGGCGUUCGACAGACAGUUCGCACCAUCGUCCGUGCAAAGGAGUGAUUCCAGCUCACGACAAAACUCGAAACUCUUGAUGCAGAAAGACAAAGUGAUAGAAGCGCUUCGUCUGGAGCUGGCAGAAGCACAAGUGAAACUGGUGGAAGCCGAGCACAUGGGAGGUGGCCACAUGCAAGAGCUGCAAAAGCAAAUGUACGACAUCAAGAUGCAGAACGCUCGGCUGAUGGAAGAAAACGAAUCGUUCCAACUUCUGCUCAGCGAGAAAACGCUGAACGGCGACUUUGGCAACUUCUUGAGGGCGCCUUCCAAUAACAAUUCAAGACCACCGUCUCGAGAGCCCGACGCGUCAGAGGCCCGCUCUGGUGGUGGAACUACUCUGGCUGAUGAGUUAGAGUCUCAAGCUGACAGCGAGGGCGGAGAGGAGCACAAGCGCCUGCAGGCUGAAGUUAACAGCUUGAAAGACCAAAACCGGGCGCUCACGCUUUAUAUUAACAAUAUCAUCUCGCGCCUGCUACAGCAUGAGCAGUUCGAACAAAUUCUUGACAAGACGCCCGACCUCAUGGCUGGACCCAACGCCAUAAGUCGAAAAUACCAAGAGGCCGAUAAAGACAAGGACUUGCCACCACCUCCGCCAGAAAAGGACGAACAGCCCAGCCUUCUGCAACGAGCUAAGAGCGUUAUGGGAAGCAGCAAGCCGAAGCCGAGACCAACAUCACAAACCAUUAACCCAGAACAAGUCGAGACCCAACCACGAGCAUCUCUUUCAAUCGAGCCGUCCAAGCACGAAGAUCCACAGACAGCCCCCCGAGUGCCGCUUGGAAGGUCUGCCUCUACCCGUGCAGGUGGGCACAGGCGUGCAAACUCAGAAUGGCCUGCUGCGAGUGUCGUCACGAAUAUGUAUCGUGGCCCGCAGCAGACCAUGGGACCUCUGAGUCCAGGUUUGACAUCGCCAACGAACCGCAACUCGUUCUUCGGAGGCAUGCGUGCGCCAUCGUCGGGGUCUAACGUGCCCACGAUCUCGGAGACCAACGUCGACAAAGACAACGAGCAGCGCGACAGCAAGAUUGCAAGCAGCAACCGCAACAGUGUCAUCUCGAGCACGGCUGGCGGCAUCGAACAUGUCGACAGCGCGACAGAAAGUGCUCUCGCGUCCGAACGAUCCAACCCAUCAUCACCUCCACGCAGCACAACCAGCAGCGGCGACAAAGACAAGCCCAGCGGCGCUAUCAUGAUGGGCUCAAAGCCACGUCCACUACGCUUGGUCCAGGAAGCCAAGGAUGAGAACGCGGCCAAGAACGCAGCGAACCGUGGGUCGUGGUACGGCUGGAUGAACAAGGGCCUGGGCAGCGCCCAAGGUGUCUUCAGCAAGAACAAUAACAACAGUGGCGAUCAGCCGCCGGCGCAAUAG